AGGGGUGUAUAUAUGUGUGUGUGUUUUAAGGUUGAGGCCUCUUAGCUCACUUCAGGUGUCUAUCUCGACAUACCACAUACUUCCGCUCUCGAGCGCAACCAUCGUUUCCUCGUAUCAGUCUCUCUUAAGGUUUCGUUCUUUUUUUAUUUAUUUAUUUUUUCCCUCUUUUUUUUUUAAGCUGCCAUUCGCUACUAUUGUACCCGUUCGUUCGUGCUGUAACCCAUUGGGUCCUACCAGAACCACCCUCGUACUCUCAAACCCGGUGUCUUGGCUCUUUAUUCUUCACUUUUCCCUGGGAUCGUACAUCACUUAGAUCCAACCAACGGGCCACCUCGUUAACUUCGAAUUUGUCCGGCAGGUUUCAUUUCUGCCGCUUUAGCUUUUCCCCGCCUAUACGAGCCCUGACACGGCCCUAAGGAAACAUUUCUCUAUUGUUUCUAAUUGCCUGUUUCUACUGGAACAUGACGAAUGCUGCUUGAAGACGAGACCGACAUCUCGUCUUUGGAUAUCAGCUGCCCUUCUCUUUUGUUUUCUUCCAUCAAGUCCUCUCAUGUUACCUUCAUGACUACUUAUAUUUAUUCCCGACUAGACCCCUACACCCGUCAGUUGUCAUGCAGCCACUCACUUCUGCAAUGGCUACGUUGAAAAAAUCGCUAUUAGCCGUCCUCAAGGGGAGAUCCUUCCUACAGGUCCUCUUCGCGUUUUGGAUUAGUCCUCGGACCUUGAAAGGUCACCGAGUCGACGGAGAGAUAUGCCCGUCGAGGACGCUUGAGCAAUUCUUGGAGGAAGCGGAAAAGCUCUUUCUAGGUCCUAUUGGUAGAGACGGGCUGAGGAAAUAUUCAUUAGAUCUUAAGCGUCAGUUUCGGGAACGGCUGCACACCCAUGCAGAAUGCAUGCUUCCGUCCUUCAACCACCUGCUCCCCACUGGCAAAGAGUGCGGUCAAUAUCUAGCUCUCGAUGUUGGGGGAUCAACAUUGAGAGUUGCACUGGUGGAACUAAGGGGCCGCGGAACACCUGGGAAGGAGAGCGAGAUUGUUCGAAUGGUUAGCUUCAAGAUCACGCCGGAAGUCAAGAAGCUCGAAGGAAUGAGUUUUUUCGACUGGAUGGCGGCUCGGAUCCACGAGGUCAUCCGAAAAGAUAUCUCACAUGAUCAAGAGGUAAUACCAAUGGGUCUUGCCUGGAGUUUCCCCGUGGAACAAGUAUCCAUGGGUGGCGGCCUUCUGCUUGGCAUGGGUAAAGGUUUCCUAGCUACUAGUGGUUUGCUCGGCCAGGAACUGGGCGAGGUCAUCAAGUUCGCCUGCAGGAAGCAAGGCCUUAACAUUCAGCUCGAAGCGAUCGUAAAUGACAGCACGGCAACAUUGUUGUCUCAAGCAUACGUCCAUGCCUCAACGCGGUUCGGUCUAAUCCUAGGCACCGGCACUAACAUUGCAGUCCAUCUACCAGUGUCAGCGUUUAGCCGUUCCAAAUACGGCAAGCGCCCAGACAGUUGGUUCGAGUCGGCAAGCCACGUUAUCGUGAACACGGAACUGGGAAUGUUCGGGAAGGAUAUCUUACCCUUAACACGGUGGGAUGAACUCCUGAGCGCUGCUCACCCGCGGCCCGAGUUCCAACCACUCGAGCAUCUACUCAGCGGGUACUACCUUGGAGAGAUUUGCCGGCUCGCUAUAGUCGAGGCUGUUGAAACGGCCGGGCUGCUAGGCGGUCAGUUACCACCAUCCUUGGAGAAGCCGUACUCCCUAGGCACAGAAUUAUUAUCAAGCAUGGAGGACGAUACGUCUCCUGGUCUCGAAAAAGCCACAUCACAAUUCAUAACACACCACCCUUCUGCCGUACCGCCUACUCUAUCCGACAUAGCCGCCAUCCGUACCCUCGCAACAUAUAUAUCACGCCGCUCCGCCGCUCUCCUGGCCGCGUCCGUGUUUUCGCUCUGGGAGUUACGACACGAGACUGAGGCCGAACUCGCCGCACAAUCUCUAAAAGCCACACCCUCGAACGACAGCGCCGUGGCCCUGCCGUCGCCUUCAGUCGACGAGGAGAUCAAAGAAGCCGAAGUCAGCACCAAAGUUGCUUUCAACGGCUCCGUCAUCGAGCACUACCCACAGUACCGUGCCACAUGCCAGCAGUACAUCGACGAUCUUGUCUCACACAGUGAACACGUGGGGUCAAUAGACCUAGUCCCAACAGUUGAAAGUUCGCUUAUUGGCGCUGCGGUCGCGCUCGCUUGUGCUACUGCUGCCGAAGCGUAGUAGGAAAGCCCUAGUGGUGAUGUCGAACUGUUGGAAUAUAUAUUAUGAAUAUUGCAUCUUAUGUUUUUUUUCGUGUAUUGUUUUCGGAGAACAUACCUGUUAACGCAUUCUGCCCGGGGAAGAGACGAGAAGGGGGAAGUACAUGAUGCUUGGAUAUAUCUAGCCAUAAAUAAGGAGGGGCGGACAUGUGGUGUUUGGGUCUGUUAGCGAGCGAGCAAAUAAGAGGUAAGGAGCUUUUGAAGCGGGUAUACUAGAUGGCGUCUAAGGCUACAUAGCAUAAUGAAUAGAUAUCAAACCGCCUCUAAAAUAGUAUGGUGUAUGAGCUAGGUGCAUCAAUAUCCUUCUGAGAUAGCAUAGGUAACGUCGAGGUUUGUCAAGGCUUAAUUCAUUUUACGCUAUGCUCUUAUGGUGCCUAUAGCAGUUGAGACUUAUGUCUUGUAAACCCCUACACAAACUUGAAAAGGAAAGGGCCAGCAUCUGAUAAAGUAUGUCAUAAAGGGAUAAAUUUUGAAAUUAAAUCCAGAUACUCAGCCGAUAUGCCUUAGAAGGUCUAGUGAA